AUCAAAAAAAUUUCAAUAUGGCGAAAAAAGGAUCAGGCGUCCGUCAGACGACAGACGUCAUUGCGUUUUUGUAAAGAUAUCGACAAAUAAGUAUUUUAAAAAUAGAUUUUUAAACAACUGUAGUCUAUUUUGAGAUUAUCAGGCCUUAUUUAGACGCCGUCGUGUCUUACGUAAUUACAUGUGUGAUAAAAACUUCUCGGGCUUCUGUAAAUAAAUCGUCGAUAAAUAAACAUGGUGAUCUAUUGAAUCCUAAUGUGUUCAGGGCUAGAGCUCGUCUAGAAUUACGUCACGAUAGUAUAGUGUGCCGGUUGAGAUGGCAUAAGGUUAAGUAAUUAAGUGGAAGGUCCCUGAUGAUUCACGAUAAUUGACGUAGGUACUUGAGGAUUGUCGCGCGUGGUGUUGUGGUCUUGCCGUCGACCUAGACGGGGCGUUGACGUAUCUGAUAGGAAUCCGGUAGUGAUAAAUCGUAGAUGCGAUGAUCGAGAGUGUAUCCCGCCGCGCGUUCAGUAGUACCAGCGGUACAUACAACGUGCGAGCUUCGGAGCUGGCGCGAGAACGCAAGUUGAACAUAUUCAAUGUCACUGUGCAGUUUUUGGAUGACACCCAGCAGUCGUUUCAGAUCGAGAAAAAAGCAAAAGGAAGUGUUUUGCUUGAACAAGUAUUUCAACACUUGGAAUUGAUAGAGAAAGAUUAUUUUGGUCUCCAAUUCACUGAAAACGGAUCACCGCCAAAUGCCACUAACACUGAAAUAACGCGCUGGCUAGACAGUGGCAAGUCAGUUAAGAAGCAAGUAGGUGCCAACGCACAGUUCUGGUUGGCGGUGCGUUUCUACCCACCAGAGCCGUCCCGUUUGGCCGAAGAGUUCACAAGAUACCUGCUGUGCUUGCAACUCAGAAAGUUGCUGCUCGAUGGAAGAAUGACAGCGCCAAAGAACACAGCACUAUUGUUGGCCUCAUUUACGGUUCAAGCCGAACUAGGCGACUACAACGUAUCAGAACACCCUCCAAACUACCUUUCCGAGCUAUGCUUGCUACCAAAGCAGACCGGAGAAGACGAGCGAAGGAUCCGAGAGCUUCACAAACUACACAAAGGACAGGCCCCCGCUGAUGCUGAAGCUAACUUCCUGGAGCACGCUAAGAGGCUGGACUGUUAUGGCGUGGAGUCCCACCCGGCUAAGGAUUACAACGGCAAGGACAUUUUCAUUGGCGUGACGUCAAUUGGCAUAGUUGUCUUCCAGAACAACAUACGAGUGAACACUUUCUCUUGGAGCAAAAUCGUCAAGAUUUCUUUCAAGAAGAAACAGUUCUUUAUACAGCUGAAACGAGAACCUUCUGAAUCUUACGACACAGUGCUAGGCUUCAAUAUGCGUUCAGGACGCGCUGCAAAGGCCCUCUGGCGGUGCAGCGUCGAACGACACGGCUUCUUCCGCCUUAGUGCGCCUAGGAGGCGGCCCCUACUAGGCGCCCUAGGAGCCCUAGCGGGAAUUACCGCGCCUACUGUUCCUAGGACUGAGACGCAGGCGUUGGAAGACGCUAGGCGGUCGCGGUCUACGAAUAGGAGCUUUGUAAGACGCAGUAGUUCUCGUACUCGCGAGCGCUCAGCGGGCGCGGCGUCGCCUGGACAGCCCACGCCGGGAGCCCGCGGCGCCCGCGUCACAGCACACUCGGAGCCGCCACCGCGCGCCGCCUGGCUCGCGCAGCCGCCGCCGCCCGAACCGGAGUGAGUGCCUAGUGUAUACAG